AUGGGUCCCUUGCAUGGUGCAACCAAGUUCGCCUAUGUACUGUUCAUCCAUGACACCUACUCUAGUAUGAUCUGGGCGCGAGGCCUCACGAAUAAGAGUCAAGCAUCUCAAGAAGCAGCGUGGAUGGCAUUCGCAGCGAUGGUAAUGGAUGGGGCUGCGCUCGUUGCCAGCGGCCAGCAACUGCACAGUGCCAAUGGAAUCUUACUAGAACUGCUCUCACUCAACAAAGCUACAUCACACAAUGACUGGAACAAGUGGCAACAGGCAAUGAUUGAUGAAAUGGCAAGUAUGAACAAAAUGGACAUUUUUGAACUUGCAGAUAUCCUGCUGGAUGGGAAGCUCAUAGGUGUCCACUGGGUGUUCAAACUCAAGCUGGAUGCCCAACAACAAGCAAUGUGA